UAGAGUAUAGAGAUGUCGAAUUAUAAUGUACUCCUGCAAAUGUUACUAACCAGUGCUACCCCAAUAAAUGUAAUAAAGAAAAGGGAUAUUUUCUGUGAAUGGGGCAUUUAUAUGUACUGUGAGGUGCAGCUCUGCAUGCACAUGUGCAGGUGCACAGGUGGACAAUAACCCUCAGCUUUCCUAUUCAGUCUGAGUAGGAAAGAAUCCUGGGAAUUUGAUUCCUGUGUCCACAGCACAGCUGCACACAUUUUCAAACAUUCUGGUGUAGUUGAUUCGCCCCCAGACAGGUGACAGGAAAAAUACAUGACCUCCAUUUCUGAGGACACCACAGCUGUAGUCUUAAAUAACUCUUGGCAUCAAAAUUGAAAAGUGGAUCGCUUCGCAGAAAUAGUCUUCACUCACGUGCAAGAGUGGUUUAUAUUCACCUAUUAACAACUCUAGCUCUGUUCAUGGCACACUCCUGUGGAAUAUUCCUACUGUCCCUCAGCCCCCUUAUUUAUGGGCAUUCCCACCUCGUUGCUGUACCACCAGAAGCUCCGAAGCUGCAGCUGUCAGGAUCCUAAUUCCUUCUUCAGGACUCCCUGCCAGUGUGUACAGUAGCAAGCUGCAUGCUUUGGUGCUAGCCUUUCAGGCACUCGCAGAGGUCUCAUCAGCAAAUCAAAAGUUGUGGAUGAUAAUUUUUAAUCUUCCAGAAACUCAGCUAACUCGUUUAGUUUUCAAGAAAUGAUCAAGAAAGCAUCAGUAUAUAGUCAUCCAUUAGAUCGUCGCUUAAUGGAUCCAGAAGCUCAAAAAGAGAACAGAGAAAACGAUGAUGACAAAAAAGUUGUUGCAGAGAUCACAGCAAGAUGUUUUAUUCCAACUCUAAUAACAACAACCUCCUGGGAGGGAUUUCAUUUUGUUGGUCAUGAUAUUCUAAUUACUGAAGCCAUGGACUGUUAUGGUGCUGUUGUUUGGCCAUCGGCCCUUGUUCUAUGCUAUUUUCUAGAAACAAAUGUAAAGCAGUAUAAUAUGGUUGACAAAAAUGUAAUUGAAAUUGGAGCUGGAACAGGGUUAGUCUCCAUUGUGGCAAGUUUACUUGGUGCACAUGUGACUGCCACAGAUUUACCUGAAUUACUUGGAAACCUGCAGUAUAAUAUUUCCCGAAACACCAAAAUGAAAUGUAAGCAUUUGCCUCAGGUGAAAGAACUCUCCUGGGGCAUAGCUUUAGACAAGAACUUCCCUCGGUCUUCCAACAAUUUUGACUAUAUCCUGGCAGCUGAUGUUGUCUAUGCUCAUCCUUUCCUGGAAGAACUCCUCCUUACUUUUGACCAUCUGUGCAAAGAAACCACCAUCAUCCUCUGGGUCAUGAAAUUCAGGUUAGAGAGAGAAAACAAAUUUGUAGAUAGAUUUAAGGAGUUGUUUGACCUGGAGGAGAUUUCUAAUUUCCCUAGCCUGAAUAUUAAGUUGUAUAAAGCUAUGAAGAAAAAUCGGAGGAGUGCAUGAUGUCCUCAAAGGAGGACUUGGAAAGUGAAGGUUAUUUGUAGCAGAGCAUGACUUCAA